GAUCCACACUCCGAAGCAGAAGGUGGUGGUAAUGCACUUUAAUACGCUGGUUGCCAAGCGCCGUUGAAACCCAAAAAGAAGCAGAAUAGAGGAGGAGGACCCGGGCCGGAGCAGAGGACACAUAGAUCACAUCCGGGGCUGGUUUAUUCUAAUAACCAAACGUCCAACCCGGAAAAAAAGAUAUCUCUUCUGUAAUCCGAUCACACAAACAAACAGACAAGAGUGUGAGAGCCUGAUGCAUGCCGGCUUUGUAAAUGUCCGCUGUUUGUAAAAGUUAUUGAAAGUUUGUCUAACAUGCUCGUUAUUUACCAGAUUCGGGUCUCUCCUCUGUGCUUCGGAGCCGUGCGGGGCGCUGGCUGUGGCGCACACUGACUCCACAGCGGCAGCAGCAUGCCAUACGUGGACCGGCUGAACCGCGUAUGCGGCUUCCUGGACAUCGAGGAGAAGGAGAACAGCUGCCGCUUCCAGAGGCGAUACUUCAUCCUCGACACGCAAGAAAAUGCUCUUCUGUGGUAUAUGGACAACCCUCAGAACCUGCCCAGUGGAGCGAGCUUUGUUGGCAGCCUGAAACUAACCUACAUCUCUAAGGUGAGCGAAGCUACAGCAAAGCAAAAGCCAAAGACAGAGUUCUGUUUUGUCAUCAAUGCAGUUUCCCGGAGGUACUUCCUCCAAGCCAACGAUGUGACUGACAUGAGGGACUGGGUGGCUGCUCUCAACAAAGCCAGCAAGAUAACCGUUCCUAAGUCUGGCCCUGCACCUCCAAGGUCCGAUGUGUCCGCAGUCAUCAGCGACACUCAGGGAGGGAAGAGACAGCACGCCUACAAGACUGAGAUCAUCGGCGGCGUGGUGGUGCACACUACCAUCCAGAAUGAGUGCGAAGAGACAGAAGGGAGAGAGAGGAAGGGCAACCGGCCAGGCGUGCUGAGGUGCGGUUACUGUGUCAAACAGGGAAAUGUGAGGAAGAGCUGGAAAAGGAGGUUUUUCACCCUAGAUGACAAUGCAGUCAGUUACUACAAGUCUGAAAUGGAUAAGGAGCCUCUCCGAGCCGUUCCACUGAGGGACAUUCAGAAGGUCCAUGAAUGUCUCGUCAAGUCAGGGGAUCUCCUGCUGAGAGACAACCUGUUUGAGAUCAUCACCAGCUCCCGAACCUUCUACAUUCAGACAGACUCUCCGGAGGAGAUGCAUGGCUGGAUCAGGGACGUUGAGAUGAAGAUCCAGGACUUCAGAGGUCCCCCUAAGGGUUUUUCAUUUAAACGUGCGUCCUCUCUCUAUCGAAGUCCCAAUGCCUCCUCAGCGCCUCGAGGCCAACAGAGUGAUGAGCGCAGACCUCCACUGGUCAAGUCCUGCUCUGUGGCGCCGGGCUGGCAGCCCUGGACGCCUGUCCCUCCGUGUGAGCCUUCCAUCCUGGAUGCAGAGGAUGAAGACAGUGCUUUCAGCUCUGUGCCCACCUUGCCUUCUCUCUCCUCUUCCUCCACCUCUUCCUCCACCUCCUCCUCCUCCAACUCCCUCUCCGCCCCGAUCCCUUGCCCCAAUGCACCUCCAGCAGCUUCAAUCAGCGGACUGGGGAUCCUCACAGCGUCGGGAGAUGUGGCCAGCGGGCGUCGGAGGCACCGCUCGCAGCCUCAGCCUCACACCGGCUGCAGCUUCCCCUUCAGCCUGGACGACGACAGCCUCCGCACCACGGACGUCUAAGUUCAGUAAAAUCUGUCCAGACUCCUGUGUGGACUUGAGUGUUGGUACUUGCUUUAAAAUGAAUGUGACUAUUAAUAAUAGUAUUCCCUGCUAAUGAAGUGACACUGUGACCAUCUGCCCGGAUGCCAUGACGUGAGAUUGGGGUCUCCUGUUGGUUUUGUAGCUGUAAUGCAGACGAAGGAUGGACCCAGCUGGAAGGGGACCAAGAGGCGCAGUGUUUGUUGUUCACAGGACUGUGAAGAAGUAUGAUGGAGAAUUUUUAGUUUAACUUCCUCUGAAAACUUGAAUAAUCUUGUUGUUAAUUGUUCUUGCAGACUUACAAAUUAUGGCACAUGCUUUCGAUCGGUUGCACUUGGCUCCCCUCGGAGAUAUAAAUCAUAAAGAACGUGUUUUCAACCCCGCUAGAAGUAUUCACCAAGAAGUGUUUAAAGGCAUUUAAACACAUUACAGUCUAUCGUUUUUAUAUUCAAGCUUAUGUUCACAAAAUACUUUUAAAAAAGGUGGGUCUUUUUAGUUUUUUCUUGCCUCCUUCUUCCUGAGACAAACAUUAUGUGACAUUAACUUACCUUCGUUAAUAAUUAACAAACAUUGUAUUACUAACGUCUAAUCAGGUUUCAGCG